CUGUCACGAGCCUUAUCCGAGCCGUGGAGUGGAGCUGGAGAGCAGGACGGACAUCAAUUAUACAGCACAUUUAUUGACCAAAUUAAGAGAGAGACGGGCUAUAAUUUCAUAUCGCUGGUUGGCUUUUAAGCCAGUCUUCUGAGUUACUCCGGUUAACCGGUGAUGUAUUCCAGUAUUUGAAUGAUAUUGGUAGCCAGCUAGCUAGCUGUGAAGCUAGCUUUACGGUGCUUGACUCGAAGUAAACUUAGCGCUAGAUUCACGGACGUUAUUUCCAAUAACACAUCUGACUGCAUUCAUCUGAAAGACAUUGGAGUAGUUGUUGAUUUUCCCUUUGAAUUAGUAUAGUAAUUGUUAGCGUAAGGUGUUAUGCGCGUCGCUUCUAAUCCUAGCUAGAUAAGGAUUGAAUGAAAUAACGUUAGCUUCCCAAAGCCAGCGGAAACGAGCCAGUUAACACGGAUAACGUUAACUUAUCCUGCUGCGGGUUGAUCCACCGCCAUACAGCUAAUCUAGCAAAUGCUAUCUGAGCUAGCCACCCACAAGCAUACAGUGAGCUUGGCAGGCAUCAGUCAAUCAUAAAGGUGAAGCGAGCUGCGAAGAAGCUAGCUACUACUAAACGUCAAGUUGGCCAUCUUCCACUCCAGUCCAGUGUAAAAAGCUGACCGACGUCAGUUCAUUUCUACGGAUAACGCUAAGGCCGGAGUGAGGACAGAAACCUGCAAACAUGCCGGCUGUGUCGAAAGGAGACGGAAUGCGCGGAUUAGCCGUUUUCAUCUCGGACAUAAGAAACUGUAAGAGCAAGGAAGCUGAGAUCAAACGGAUCAAUAAAGAACUGGCCAACAUCCGCUCCAAGUUUAAAGGGGACAAGGCUCUCGAUGGCUAUAGCAAGAAGAAAUAUGUAUGCAAGCUGCUUUUCAUUUUUCUGCUCGGCCAUGACAUUGACUUUGGACACAUGGAGGCAGUCAACCUGCUCAGCUCUAACAAGUACACAGAAAAACAGAUUGGUUACCUGUUCAUCUCAGUGCUGGUAAACAGCAACAGCGAGUUGAUACGUUUGAUCAACAACGCCAUCAAAAAUGACUUGUCCAGCCGCAACCCCACAUUCAUGUGUCUGGCACUUCACUGUAUUGCGAACGUGGGAAGCCGCGAGAUGGCAGAGGCCUUUGCCAGCGAGAUCCCUCGGAUCCUGGUUGCUGGUGAUACGAUGGACAGUGUGAAACAGUCAGCCGCUCUGUGUCUGCUGCGACUCUAUAAGACCUCUCCUGACUUGGUGCUGAUGGGUGAGUGGACAUCACGCGUGGUGCACCUGCUCAAUGACCAACACAUGGGUGUGGUGACAGCAGCAAUCUCUCUCAUCACCUGUCUGAGCCAGAAGAAUCCAGAUGAGUUCAAAACCUGUGUUUCCCUGGCUGUGUCCCGACUCAGCAGGAUUGUGUCGUCGGCCUCCACUGAUUUACAGGACUACACCUACUACUUUGUCCCCGCUCCGUGGCUCUCUUGCAAACUGCUGCGCCUGCUGCAGUGCUACCCUCCACCAGAAGAUGGUGCUGUCAAGGGCCGUUUGGUCGAGUGUCUGGAGACCAUCCUCAAUAAGGCCCAGGAGCCACCUAAGUCCAAGAAGGUGCAGCACUCCAAUGCCAAGAAUGCUAUCCUGUUUGAGGCUAUCUCACUGAUUAUCCACUAUGACAGUGAGCCAAACCUGCUGGUGCGAGCCUGUAAUCAACUGGGCCAGUUCCUGCAGCACCGAGAGACUAACUUGCGCUACCUGGCUCUGGAGAGCAUGUGCACUCUGGCCAGCUCCGAGUUUUCCCACGAAGCCGUCAAGACACACAUAGAGACCGUCAUCAAUGCCCUCAAGACUGAGAGGGAUGUGAGUGUUCGACAGAGGGCUGCCGAUUUGCUGUAUGCCAUGUGUGAUCGCAGCAAUGCCAAGCAGAUUGUCGCUGAGAUGCUCAGCUACCUUGAAACGGCAGACUACUCCAUCAGAGAGGAGAUGGUUCUAAAAGUGGCCAUACUUGCAGAGAAGUAUGCCGUGGAUUACUCCUGGUACGUGGACACCAUUCUUAACCUCAUCCGCAUUGCUGGGGAUUACGUCAGCGAAGAGGUGUGGUAUCGCGUCAUUCAGAUCGUCAUCAACCGAGACGACGUGCAGGGCUACGCCGCCAAGACUGUCUUUGAGGCCUUGCAGGCCCCUGCUUGCCACGAGAACAUGGUGAAGGUUGGCGGCUACAUUCUGGGAGAGUUUGGAAAUCUCAUUGCUGGUGAUCCCCGCUCCAGCCCCCUCGUCCAGUUCAACCUUCUCCACUCCAAGUUCCACCUGUGCUCGGUGCCGACUCGCGCCUUGCUGCUGUCAGCUUACAUCAAGUUUAUCAACCUGUUCCCAGAGACCAAGGCCACCAUCCAAGAGGUGCUGCGAUGUGACAGCCAGAUCCGCAACUCAGACGUGGAGCUGCAGCAGCGUGCCGUCGAGUAUCUGAAGCUAUCUUCCAUCGCUAGCACAGAUGUCCUGGCCACUGUCCUAGAGGAGAUGCCUCCCUUCCCAGAGAGGGAGUCAUCAAUCUUGGCUAAGCUGAAGAAGAAGAAGGGGCCUGGUGCUGUAUCUGUGACAGAGCUGGAAGACAACAAAAGGGAGGGCGGGGAGUUGAAUGGAGGAGGCGACCGGGGGCCAGACACAUCAGCUAUGGCUGCCUCCAACGCUUCCACCCCGUCACCGUCAGCAGACCUCCUCGGGAUUCGUUCUGCUGCUCCCAUUGGUGCAGCUCCAACCAGCGCUGGCAGUCUAUUGGUGGAUGUGUUCUCUGAGGCAGGGCCCGCUGCACCUUCUGCUGCUGUGAACGACGACGGCUUCCUAAGAGAUCUGGAACAGCCCACCGAGACCUCUGAUUCCCUAUUGGUGGAGGGUUCGGGUGACUCGGACUCUGCUCCUUCCUCUGAUGACCCUGCUCCUCCUCUGUCUGAGGCAGACGAACUUCUUAACAAGUUUGUGUGCAAGAACAAUGGGGUUCUGUUUGAGAAUCAGCUGCUACAGAUUGGCAUCAAGUCAGAGUAUCGUCAGAAUCUGGGGAGAAUGUACUUAUUCUACGGUAACAAGACGUCAGUGCAGUUCGCCAGCUUCACCACCACAGUCAGCUGUCCUGGAGAGCUGCAGUCUCAUAUCCUUUCUCUCAACGUUCAGACCAAACCAGUGGAGCCGCUGGUGGAGGGUGGAGCCCAGAUUCAACAGGUCCUCAACAUCGAGUGCAUUACUGACUUUUCUGACGCUCCGCUGCUCAACAUCAAGUUCAGAUAUGGUGGAGCUCUGCAGAACCUGACCCUCAAGCUGCCCGUCACCAUCAACAAGUUCUUCCAGCCAACUGAGAUGACAUCACAUGACUUCUUCCAACGCUGGAAACAGCUCAGCCAGCCUCAACAAGAAGCACAAAAGAUAUUCAAGGCUAACAACAGCAUGGACACUGAAGUACUUAAGGCAAAGCUACUGGGACUAGGAACGGCCCUGCUGGACGACGUCGAUCCAAACCCAGAGAACUACGUGUGUGCUGGAGUGAUCCAGACCAAAGGGCAGCAAGUUGGCUGUCUGCUAAGACUGGAACCAAACGCCCAGGCACAGAUGUACCGUCUGACUCUGCGCUGCAGCAAGGACUCUGUGUCUAAGCGUCUCUGCGAGCUGCUGGCCGAACAGUUCUAGAGUCCAGACCUCGACCACAACCAGAGCUCCCCACCAUCCCCACCAGCGAUCUCUCUCCCUCGAGCCCUCCAGCCACACCUCUCUCUUCCUCCCUCCAACAAAGAAUCUUUGAGUAUAAAAAGGUGUAACCUACAUAAGGGAAAAAGCAGCCACUGCUAGCAGCAGCGGCAAUAUUAUUGUCAUUAUUCUUGUCCCAGAUUCUGAUUCCAGUUCAUCUUCUACUUGUUUAUUAACAUGAUGCUACAUUCUUAUUUUUGUUGUUUUUGUUUUUGGUGUUUACCUGUGUAGCUGGUGCCUGCGUGUGUGUGUGUGUGUGUGUGUGUGUGUGUGUGUAUGUGUAUGUGUGGGUGCGUGAGUAUGUAUGUAUGUGUAUGUAUGUAUGUAUGUAUGUAUGUGUGUUUGUGUGUCCCAUGGUUGUGCUGGGGUCCCAUUCUGCUCCACCCUGUCUGUAGUACUGAUAAAAGAGAGAUGAGACGCUUCAUUUAACUGGUAGAAUAUUCCUUGAAGUCAAAUGGGUGAAGCUGUUAUUUGCACACAUGCACUCAUCUCGUCAUACACGCACACACAGACACACACACGAGCAUAGGUGUCCAUGAUUUAUUGUGAUUCUGGUGGGAUCCACUAAUGAAGUAAGACCCGAGGGUCCAGAAUUCUGAUUUCCGACAAGCAUUCCCAGUGAAAAACGUACUCAAGGCCUUGGGAUCUUCCAGCAUUAACCACCUUACUUUGCCUCUGAAUGACCUGAUUCCUUUCAUGAGGCCCCCUCCCAAUGAGUAGUCUUUCAUUUCAAAGAACUGGUACACUCGUUUGUUAUUAAUGUGUAUGUAAAUAUGUGCCAGUGUAUUACUUUGUUGCUUUCUGAGACAUUCCCAUCAUGCUUGUUUAGAAUGCCUGUGAUUAACCCCAACCACUCGAAUAGAUUGAUGGCACUAAAUUGGGAUACUAUGUAGAUGACAGGAACAGGAAUGAGACUUGCUUUGUCAAAAGGGUCUUUAAGACCCAUUUGAGUCUGCCUCAUGCACUGCGUGGUACGUGGUUCCAGGUGCUUGCUAUUGAAAAACUUAGGGAAGUGUCUGUGAGUCUGUAUACUUCAUUUUAUUGCCUUUUGCAACUAAAGGUACAUUUGUUUGGACAAAUAUAAUGAUAACAAAUAUAGCUCAAGAGCUUAAUAAUUUAAGAGCUGAUAUCUAGCCAUUUUCCAUGGUUUUCUUGAUAAAAACAAAAAUCAUGAUCAAGAAAACCUUGGAAAAUGGCUAGAUAUCAGCUCUUAAAUUAAACUCCUAUGAGCUAUUGUUGUUAUUAUAUUUGUCCAAACAAAUGUACCUUUAGUUGUACCAGGCAUUAAAAUGGACAAGAAACUGAAGACGUUGUGGUCCAAUAUCUUUUUCCAUGACUGGAGUUCGUAUCACUCUUCUCUUUGUCCCUGAGUAAUUUAAAGAAAACACUUCUGAUAAAACAUAAAUCUCUUGUGCAGCUUGUCCAAGUAACAACUGAGAUUUAUUGAGAACUUUUUCAGUGAUUAGGAACUAACAGGUUAUUUGGUAAAUGUUGGGAGAGCAAUGCACAGCUGAUGAGACAGACCCAAGUGGGGAUGACUAUAUGUUAGAGCCAUCAUGAAUUCGGAAGAGCCUGGUACUGGCUUGGGUUGCUGCACCACUAUCCAUAGCGCAGUUUUCCUUGUGAAAAGUGCACAGCUUUGGCUCUGAACAGAACAGAGCACACGAAGAUGGACUAUUACAAACAUCUGGACAGAUGCUGCUGCAGCAGCCAGUUCCAUCCCAGGCUUGACAGAGGCAGUCUGAUUUACAGAUGUACACAUUGAUAGACAAGAUCAAUGCCAACAAAUCUGAUGUGUACACAACCACUACAGUAAAUUCUGUUCAGUAACCUCAAAAUCUUUAGAUUCAUGCAUCCACAGCUUUCUAACUCAUCCUGGGCUUUCUCUCAUUGCACAAGCACUGAUGUUGUGGAAGAGGACAUGAAGUAACCCAGGUGUCCAUUUCAACUACAGGGGACUCAGUUUAUGUGUGUUGUAAAUGUGUCUGUAAGCAGGUAAGGGGGGAAAUAAAAAAGCCGAAAGACAUUUCUAAUACGUGGUCACAUUACAUUUUGUGGCUGCAUGAUAAAAUCACAGGACAUUGAACUUUGUAGUGGAAAAUGUAGUCAUUUUGUCAUUCUGUGAGUGUGUGUGCGCGUGUGUGUAUGCAGUAUCCACUAGCUAAUGCAGCCUCAUGUAUCGGUGUUAAGAACCUGUCCAAUACCUGUGUUAGAAAUAAGAUUUACUCUGUAAUGAAAAAAUGUGAAAGUAAAACUAUGCCAUAUAUCCGA